CGACUCCUGGGUGGGGGCGGGGCUUGCGUGUUUUACUUCCGGAGCUCACAGCUACGACACCGGAAGCCGGAAGUGUGAAUUUCGGCAGCGGGAGAAGGAAAAGGUGACCGCAGAACCCGGACUUUUCUCAGAGCGCCGGGGCCCGAGGAGUGCUCGCGGCUCGCUGUUCCUGCGCUUCUCACGUCGGACCGACUCUGCUGACAGGUGUGGUCGUCUUCUCGAAGACAGGGUACUUUCGGUGGGCGUUCCGCUGUCUCCGAGACUCCCCCGGACAUCCAGGCUUCCCCUUCCUUUUGGGCCUGGCCCAUUUCUGCUGCCUGCUUGUAGCGCACCGGCCGCGGCCGGCAGAUGCAGGGGCCGGGUUACCUUGCUGGCGAGCGGGACUGUUUCCGCCCUCCGCCACCGCUGCGGAGUCUGACCACACCCCUGCUUCGUGGAUGACUCUUCUAGUUCCGAGACAUUUUCUGUUCAUCAAACUUGACUGCAUUGGAGGUUAAGUUCUUUAAAAAGGUUUCAAAUAUAGUUUGGCAGCUACGUGUCUUACUUCAUGUGCCUCGCUUUGCAAAACGAUUAAUGUCUACCCGACCUCAAACCGUUUCUGUGACUUGGGGAUGGAUGAGCCAUCCUGGCGUGUUCAAGGAAUGGCAAGGAGGCCACUGUAGCUGGAGUAGAGUGUGUGAGGGGAGAAUACUUGGAGAAGAAGCAAUGAGGGACCAGACAGUUGAGGGCUUUGCAGGCCGUUUUAGGGACCUUGGCUUUUACACGGAGGGCAAUGAGGAACUGGUAGGGAACAGAGUAGAGGAGGGACGUGAUCAGAAUGACCUGUUAGGCCAGUCUGCCCCUGUGGGGAGAACAAAUUAUAGGGGACAAGAGGUAGGAGCAGGGUGACCUUUUAGGAGGUUAUCGCAGUAAUCCAGAUGAGAGAUGGUGGUGCUUUGAACAUUUUAUUAUGAAAAAGUCCGAAGAUGUACAAAAGUAGAAAGAACAGAAUAGUAAACCCCAUGUACUCAUCUCCCAGCUUUGACAGUUGUCAACUCAUGGCUACUUUUGUUUAAAAAUUGUUUUUACAUUUAUUUAUUUUUGAGAGACAGAGACAGGGCACAAGUGGGGGAGGGGCAGAGAGAGAAUGAGACACAGAAUCGAAGCAGGCUCCAGGCUCUGAGCUGUCAGCACAGAGCCCGACGCGGGGCUCGAACUCACAAACCACGAGAUCAUGACCUGAGCUGAAGUUGGAUGCUCAUCCGACUGAGCCACCCAGACCCUGACUUGUUGGAUGAGCAGGCCCCCCUGGAAGAGUCAGCUGUGUGAGAUGGUGCAGCCCAGCGGCGGCCCGGCAGGGGACCAGGACGUGCUGGGUGAAGAGUCUUCUCUGGGGAAGCCAGCUAUGCCCCACCUACCUUCUGAGCAGGGCACUCCUGAGACCUUCCAACGCUGUGUGGAGGAGAAUCAAGAGCUCCGAGAUGCCAUCCGGCAGAGCAACCAGAUGCUUCGGGAGCGCUGUGAGGAGCUGCAGCGUUUCCAAGGCAGCCAGAGGAAGGAGAAGGAGUUCCUCAUGCAGAAAUUCCAGGAAGCCAGGAAACUGGUGGAGAGACUGAGCCUGGAGAAGCUCGACCUGAGGAGGCAGAGGGAGCAGGCCCUUCAGGAGGUGGAACAUCUGAAGAGAUGCCAGAAGUUGGCUGAGGACAAGGCGUCAGUGAAAGCCCAGGUGACGUCCUUGCUGGGGGAGCUCCAAGAGAGCCAGAGUCGCUUGGAGGCCGCCAUCAAAGAGCGGCAGGCUUUGGAGGGCAGGGCCCGGGCUGCCAGCGAGCAGGCCCGGCAGCUGGAGAGCGAGCGGGAGGCCCUGCAGCAGCAGCACAGCGUGCAGGUGGACCAGCUGCGCAUGCAGAGCCAGAGCGUGGAGGCCGCGCUGCGCAUGGAGCGCCAGGCCGCCUCGGAGGAGAAGCGGAAGCUGGCACAGCUACAGGUGGCCUAUCACCAGCUCUUCCAGGAGUACGACAGCCACGUCAAGAGCAGCGUGGUGAGCAGCGAGCGGAACCGAGGACUGCAGCUGGAGGACCUGAAGCAGCAGCUGCAACAGGCCGAGGAGGCCCUGGUGGCCAAGCAGGAAGUGAUUGACAAGCUGAAGGAAGAGGCCGAGCAGCACAAGAUAGUGAUGGAGACCGUUCCGGUGCUAAAAGCCCAGGCGGACAUCUACAAGGCCGACUUCCAGGCCGAGAGGCAGGCCCGGGAGAAGCUGGCCGAGAAGAAGGAGAUUCUGCAGGAGCAGCUGGCCCAGCUGCAGCGGGACUACAGCCGCCUGAAGGCCAGCUGCCAGGAGUCCGCCAGGAUUGAAGAUAUGAGGAAGCGGCACGUGGAGGCCUCCCAGGCCCCCGCAGCCCCCGCCCCAGCUCACCCCUCCUUCCACCUGGCCCUGCCCAACCAGAGGAGAAGCCCCCCCGAGGAGCCGCCUGACUUCUGUUGCCCCAAGUGCCAGUAUCAGGCUCCCGAUAUGGACACCCUGCAGAUACAUGUCAUGGAGUGCAUCGAGUAGGGCCGCCUGCUGACGACUAGCACGGGGCCGCACGGUGCGUGCUGUCCUGCGCGCCCGGUCCUCGGUUACGGGCUGGCUGACACGGAGCGGGCCGCCUCUUUGAGCACCAAGGGCUAGCUCGAGGACCUCACGCUUCAGCUCCCCCAUCUGCUGGCUUGCCUCAUUUAGGGUACCUGCGACCCCAGUUAGGCCCGAUGCUCUGCUGUUUUUGUUUGUUCUGUCUGCUUGAACUGCCUGCCUCUAGGGGCUCCGUCUUUUUCCACCUCCUCUGGGGAAGUUGAGAAUCCAGGCCAGGGCUCUCAGAGAGAACUUCUUAAGCCGAGAUGGGCAGAAGCCCUUCCCCGCGCCCCCCCCCCCCCCCCCCCGCA